AUGUCUGCCUGUGUUAGAAGCACAUCACAUGUAUUUGCUUUAAAGGACUACAGGUGUUCAGAAAACCAAGUUCAAGUUUGCAGCGCCAUGUUUUUCUGGCAUUUGGGAUUGUUUUCAAAGCUCUAUAACACUCUGAGGAGGGAAGACACAGAAGAAGGGUCUGAUGAUCUGCUGCAUCCUUCAAAAAAGCUUCUCGCCUCAGCAGUUACCUGCAGAAAAGAGGAUGUUGGCUGUGCUAUAAAACCUUGUGCAUACAGGUCUGCUCCUAAAUACUGCACAACGUUACACAGGACAAUUAUCUCCGACUAUAUCACUGGAGCUCUGCUCGAUGCCACUGUAUCUCUGGGGGCACGGAGUGGGUUAACAAACCUCCAAGGAGGCUCAGUUGGGAGAACAAUGCUGAAAGAUCGACAGCUUUGCACAACAAUGGCUGGCACUAACCUCUCACCCUCAAAUGUAGCUGGAAUAAGCAAAGAGCUUACAGACCUUCGGCAUGUCAUUCAGUUCCCAGAGGAGAUUGCUAGUAUCCUUACAGAACAAGAGGAAGAGCUCUACCACAAGGUCUUACCCAUUGACUACCUCUGCUUUUUAACCAGAGAUCUGACAAACUCAGAGUGGCAAAAUAAGCCCCCACCUCUCACAACUACAUCCUGUCUUAUGAGCAGGGAUAAGGAAAGCAAUGCCAUAGAAAAUCUGGUUGCAAGAUUUAAUGAGGUUAGCUCCUGGGUGACGUGGUUGAUCUUGACUGCAGGCUCCAUGGAAGAGAAAAGGGAGGUCUUCUCAUACUUAGUACAUGUGGCAAAGUGCUGCUGGAACAUGGGCAAUUACAAUGCCGUCAUGGAAUUCCUGGCAGGACUCAGAUCUAGGAAAGUUCUUAAGAUGUGGCAGUUUAUGGACCAGACUGACAUUGAAACCAUGCGAAGCUUGAAAGAUGCCAUGGCACAACAUGAAUCGUCCUCAGAAUAUAAAAAAGUAGUAAACCGAGCUUUGAACAUCCCUGGCUGCAAAGUGGUUCCUUUUUGUGGAGUGUUUCUGAAAGAACUCUGUGAGGUACUCGAUGGAACAGCAAGCCUUGUGAGGUUAUGUCCACGGUAUAAUUCUCAGGAUGAAAUUUUGGAGUUUGUUUCAGAUUACACUGGGCAGAAUAAUUUCUUACAGCGAGUUGGAAAGGAUGGACUUAAUAAUUCUGAGAAAGAAACAACAGUUAACAACAUUCUGCAAACUAUCCGGAGCUGUAAUCGAAGUUUGGAAUCCGAAGAUAUAGAAGAUAACCUCAUGGAAAACAGUGGUUCAAGAAAGAACUCCUUGAAAGAUAGGAGCAGAUAUCAAUUUACCCUGGGAGACCUGUCUGAUUCUGAAGGAGAUAGUGAACAGUCCAAAGAGUGGGACCCAAGUGGAACAGAAGACCAGCAGAAGGCAUUUCUUCAUGGAAUAGAGCUCAUACCUUGGUAUAUUUUGUCAAUAAGACCUGAUGUCCAGCAGUUUCUUCUGAAUGGGGCCACAGUCAUACAUUAUGACCAGGAGUCUCAUAUGUCUGCACGCUGCUUUAUUCAGCUCCAGCCUGAUAUUUGCACUCUUACAUGGACAAAACCUGGUGCCACCAGUCCCACAAGCAUUAAAACAAAGAGUCCAGUUGUUUGCAAUUCAGGAGAGUUCAGCCAUAACAGACUUCAGUUUUAUGGUCCUGCAACAUUAAAUGGUCUCACAGAAGGCUACUUGGAUUUGUUUUUUGUAAAAGCUGUUUUUAUGGGGCACGCAGGACUUGAUUUACAUACUGUCUGCAUUCAGAAUAAACUGUGUAACAUGACAAUAGAAGAAAAUGGGGUGACACUACUGUAUGGUCUUCAGACUACUGAUAACAGGUUAUUGCACUUUGUGGCACCUGCAUAUACUGCAAAAAUGCUGUUUGAUGGUUUGCAGGAAUUAUCUAGUGCUGUGAGAAAAAUGAAAAGGUUCCCUGACCAACGACUGCAGUGGUUACGAAGGCAGUAUGUCAGUUUGUAUCAGGAGGAUGGCAGAUAUGAAGGACCAACCCUGGCACAAGCUAUUGAAUUGUUUGGAGGAAGGCGCUGGACUAAGAGAAAUACAAGCACCACAUCACUGACCAAAAGUACUGACAAGCCUGCUAUACAGAGAAACAAUACUCUGGGAAUAAGCAAUGCGAAGAAAAAGAAAAAGUCUCUAAUGAGGGGAGACAGUGGAGAUGGCACUGACGAUGAGAUGGUGUCACGUAAAAUAAAGAGCUACAAAGAGUCCCGCAUGAGAAGUUCUUCUGAUCCUCCAGAUUUUGAUGAACAAGAUGAAGCAGAACGCUGCCAUGGAGUGACCAUUGCUUCAUCCUGUGCAGUGGCAUCAAGGAGGGCUCAGUCACUCAGUGUCUCAAGAACACCAAUGACAGCAACACCAGUCAGUCCAGCUUCUUCUCCCAGCCUGUCGGCAACCAACAAGAGUCAGCCUAGUACAUGGAGUAGUCGGAGCUGGCAUGGUCGAGUAAAAGGAGGAUUAAAAGGCUUUCAAAGCUUCAUGAUGUCUGACAGUAACAUGAGCUUCACGGAAUUUGUAGAACUGUUUAAGUCUUUCAGUGUGAGAAGUCGGAAGGACCUGAAAGAUGUGUUUGAUGUUUAUGCUGUCACCUGUAGUCGCUGUGGCACUGAAUCCACACCACUGUAUACUAACCUCACAAUUGAUGAGAAUGUUACUGGACUGCAGCCAGACCUAGACCUGCUGACCAGGAAUGUAUCUGAUCUCGGUCUGUUUAUCCGAAGUCGGCAGCAAAUGUCGGACAACCAAAGGCAGAUCUCAGAUGCCAUUGCUGCAGCCAGUAUUGUAACAAAUGGGGCAGGUGUGGAGAGCACAUCUUUAGGAGUACUUGGGAUGGGCAUCGAGCAGCUGAAUUCAUUCCUAGUGAACUGCCAAGGAGAGCAUUACACCUACGAUGAAAUUCUUAGCAUCAUCCAGAGGUUUGAACCAUCUGUCAGUAUGCGCCAACAAGGGUUAAUGUCUUUUGAGGGAUUUGCAAGGUUUCUAAUGGAUAAAGACAAUUUUGCUUCCAAGAACGAUGAAUCACAGCUGGUUGUCAAGGACAUGCAUUAUCCUCUGUCAUAUUACUUCAUUGAAUCUUCUCAUAACACCUACCUCACUGGGCAUCAGCUUAAGGGCGAGUCAUCAGUGGAACUCUAUAGCCAGGUCCUUUUACAAGGCUGUAGAAGUGUGGAAUUAGACUGCUGGGAUGGGGAAGAUGGCAUGCCAGUCAUCUAUCAUGGUCAUACUCUUACAACAAGAAUUCCCUUCAAGGAUGUGGUUGAAGCUAUUGACCGCAGUGCAUUUAUCAAUUCUGACAUGCCUGUCAUCUUGUCUAUAGAGAACCACUGUUCACUGCCUCAGCAACGUAAAAUGUCUGAAAUUUUUAAGAAUGUAUUUGGAGACAAACUGGUCACUAAAUUUUUAUUUGAAAGUGACUUCUCUGAUGAUCCAAUGCUCCCAUCACCAUGGCAACUUCAAAGAAAAAUCUUGUUGAAAAAUAAGAAACUUAAAGCACAUCAUACUCCAGUGGAUAUACUAAAGCAAAAAGCACAUCAGCUGGCUAACAUGCAAGCCCAGGCUAGCAAUGGUAGUCCAAUGUCUAACACUGCUGCUAACGAAGAUGAGGAAGAUGAAGAAGAUGAUUAUGAUUACGACUAUGAAUCUCUCUCUGAUGAUAACAUUCUUGAUGAUCGCCCUGAGAACAAGUCAUCCUCUGACAAGCUGCAUCUUGAAUACAGUGAGGAAACUCCUAAGCGAAUUAAGAAGAGCGACAACCUUCCCCAAAACAAAGGAAAAGUUUACGACAUGGAUCUCGAUGAAGAAUUUUACCUACCGCAGAACAAGAAGGAAAGCAGACAGAUAGCGCCUGAACUCUCCGAUCUUGUGAUUUACUGCCAAGCUGUCAAGUUUCCUGGACUUUCAAUGCUAAACUCAUCUGACUCUGGCAGAGGAAAGGAAAGAAAGGCCAGGAAGACCAUUUUUGGCACCACUCCAGGUAGAACAAGCCCUGGGGAAACAGCAGCUCAAGCCAAACUAUGUGGGAAAGGAUCAUUUGAUGGUACUCGGCAGAAUCUGGAUGACUCUCCUACUCUGACUUCCUCUACCUCAAUUAGUGCUAUAAUUCGGACGCCUAAAUGUUAUCACAUCUCCUCAGUGAAUGAGUAUGCUGCAAAGCGUUUAUGCAGACGUUAUUCUCAGAAACUUAUUCAACAUACUACAUGCCAGCUGCUAAGGACAUAUCCUGCUGCUACUCGGAUAGAUUCCUCAAAUCCUCACCCUCUCAUAUUUUGGCUGCAUGGUAUCCAACUUGUAGCGCUUAACUAUCAGACAGAUGAUCUUCCUAUGCACUUAAAUGCUGCAAUGUUUGAAGCCAAUGGUGGUUGUGGAUUUGUUUUGAAACCCCCGGUUUUCUGGGACAAGAACUGCUUAAUGUAUCAGCAGUUUUGUCCUUUAGAACGAGAAACAAUGGACAAUGUGGAACCUGUUGUUUACUCACUGAUGAUAAUUUCUGGACAAAAUGUAUGUCCUAAUAACACUACAGGAAGUCCAUGCAUUGAAAUUGAUGUGAUUGGAAUGCCACAGGAGAGCAGCUACCAUUUCCGUACUAAGCCAAUUCACCGUAACACAUUAAACCCUAUGUGGAAUGAAUCAUUUCUGUUCCGCAUAUACUUUGAAGAUCUUGUUUUUGUCCGCUUUGCUGUUGUAGAAAACAACAGCUCAACAACAACUGCACAAAGAAUAAUUCCACUGAAAGCACUAAAACGAGGUUACAGACAUCUACAGCUAAGAAGUCUUCACAACGAGCCUCUGGAGAUCUCAAGUCUGUUCAUCUACAGCAGGAGAGUGCAAGAAAAUCCCACUGGAUCCAAUGUGCCUUCCUCUGUGCUGUUCUCGGAGGAUAGAAGGAAUGAAAUGGUUUACAAAGUUACAGUGCAUGGAAUUCCUGGCCCUGAACCAUUUACUGUGUUUCCUGUCAGUGAGAAGACCACAGCAAAGCAACUCCUACAGCAAAUCCUUACUGCUACUGAAAGAACAGACUCGGAUGUUACAGACUAUUACCUACUAGAAGAAAAAGCUUUCAUAUCUAAGGAAAAGAAUGAGUGCAAGAAGCAGCCAUUUCAGAGGGUGAUUGGUCCUGAUGAGGAAAUAGGCAGCAGGGGCCCAGAAGAAGGACAUGUGGGAAGAAUCAUUUUCAAAACCAAAGAGGAAAAUCUGAAUGAGAAAAACUCAAUGAAUGAAGAAAAAGAUGAAACAGUCACUAACUCUGAAGAGGAAAUGUUCUUUGUCCAUGUUCAUGAUGUUUCUCCAGAGCAGCCCCGCACUGUUAUCAAAGCUCUGAAGCUUAGUACAGCGCAAGAAGUUAUCCAGCAGGCUCUUAGCAAAGCCAAAUAUUCUAACAGCAUACUGAAUAAUCCUAGCCCGAGUGAUUAUGUUCUAUUGGAAGAAAUCAGUAGAGAGGCAGCAAGCAAAAAAGGCGCACCAUCUAAGCCACUUCAGCGGGUUCUUUCAGACAGUGAGAGUGUGUAUCAGGCACAGAUCAAGUGGAGAGGAGCUGGAAAAUUUAUUCUUAAGCUGAAAGAACAAAUUCAGGUUGUACGGGAUGAUAAAAGAAAGGGUAUUUCCAUCACCAGUGAGCUGAAGAAGUUGACUAAAUCAGCCAAACCAGGCAAGGUGUUAUCUACAACAGUAUCAUUGGAAAGUGCACAGAGUAAGGAUGCAUGUAGCGUGACGUUCAGUGAAAGCAGUGAAUAACAUCUGAACAUGCUUGUAGUGUUUCGUGCUCAGGUGGCUCUGCAGAAUGCUUCCUUAGUCCAGUGGCAGAAUUGCAAUUAGAAGGUGAGAAGUUCUCAAUGAACACUGAAUUCAGACAGCAGACAUCGAGCAUUAAUUUUCAUUCCUCCACAUGGCCUCUUUGCCUUCUAAGGAACUGGAAAGUUCACAAGUGAAAAUCACAGUGUUCUGCAUUGCAUGCCAGAAUCUUUACUCCUGCUAAGUGUCUAAGGCACCUCUUUUUGGGCUACGUCUAAACAAGCCAUUGUUGCAUUGCUAGGACAGUAAUGGCAAAGUUGACAGUUGUUUUGGUGGACAAGAUUGAAGACGUUGACAGUUGUUAUGACCCGUAAAGAUUACUGCAGUGUGACAAUAGCAGCCACUGUAAUAUUUUCAGCUGCUGACAUGGGUAAGAAGUUUCUAAUAGGAUGGAGAAGGAAUGUUCAAAUAAGGAGACUUUUUUGAUUUUACAUUGUUAGUAGGUAUCUUUGAAAAGCAGAGAUCAAAAUACCAUUUUAUGUGCAUUUCUUUGUGUGACCUUUUAUGUAGUAGUUGUACAUGGCACUUACCUGGUACAGAAUAUAGCAACAAGGCUGAUUCUUGUGCAAAAUAAAUGUACAUUUAGCCAUGCAUCAUGGAGGAAAGUUCAGCCUCUGUUUUAUUUUAACUGCUGUGUACACUGAACACUAGCUGCAAUGAAGUAUGAAAUUAUUUUUACCUAGUCUGAAGAACACAUUUUAAUAGGUAAAUGUUUACUAGGUAAAAAAAUAUGAAUGUAAUGUUUCAUUUUUAAACUAUUUAUUUAUACAGUUCAAAGAAGAUGUUAAAAAUGGCAUAAUUGCCAGUCUUAUUUUGCCAGUUGAUAACUGGCAUGUGUAAAUUUAAUUUGUAAAUGUUUCUUUUAGGGAUAAACAGUAUUGUGUAUUGUAAACAAGUUGUGUAUAUAUAUUAUUACUGAUUAGGAGUUUUGUGAAUUUGUAUUGCUUUUACAGUGUUGUAAUCAGUAUAAAAAUGAAGGUGCCUAUACUGACACAUUUUGAACAGGGCAGUUAGUCAUAAAAGAGCUGAAUACAGAACUCUUGUUUGCAGAAUAUUCCACUACAAAUCAACUGUCAGGUCACUAUACUGCAAAGCAUCAGUUAAUAUUUGUAAAUCAUUUUUUGUAAAAAUGUUGUGAAUUGUUAGCAAGCCUUCACUGUAAAUAAUGUCCUUAUAUGAAUCAUAAUGUAUCUUUUUACAUUUGUGCUACUUAAAACUAGGACACAUAAAAUAAACCCAAUGAAAUGCCAUGCAUAUAAGUAAUACAUUAUGUAUCCCUUCAUAUGCACAAAACUGAUGAAAUCCUGAGAAUGACUGUUACAAGAUAAUUCAGAAAAAAACAUGGUGUAUUGCCCAGUGUUGGCCAUGUUUGUUAACAUUAACAUGUACACAGAGUUCCAUAAUCAUGUUAUUCCUCAAGACAAAAUAGACUAAAUGAGGAUGUAUGCAUAUAUGUAUUCAGUUUUGUAGCUGUCUCUUAUGAAAACAGUGGUCACUGUAUUUUUUGAAGCUGUGUCAGGAGUUUUUAGUGCAAAAUAUCUAGUUAGAAGCCAAAAGGUACAGUUAAUUCUGUAAAUAUCUUAAAAAUCUCCCAGACUAGGCAUGUGCUCAAGGAGAAAAAAAAAUUAACAACAUGGUAGGUAGAUGGUUAAGUUGUGUGGUAUUGUUUUCACAUUAAUUUUGUAAGUUAAGGGAAUUGUAAAUAUGUAUUUAUUAAAAUGUUUUAUCUUAUUAUUAUUAUUAUUAUUUUUGUACAAUGCCUAGAUGUUUUUUUUCCUGCAUGGUGAUGUUUUCUAAGCAUGUUUUUAAACUGUGGGCAAAUCUGUGUUUUGAUUAUUUGAUAAAGCCAGUCUUUGAAAUGUUCUACAGCACUUGAUUUUUAAAAUACAUUCUGAUUUGUUAGUCCUUUUAUGUAAAUGGUACAGCAUGUAGAAUGUCACACAAAAUUGCAAAUUCAAUGUUUAUAUUGUAAGAUGGCACUAAACUUAGAUUAUAUACCCUGUAAAUAUUAUUUAGGCAGUUUUAAUGGUUAUAUCAAAUUAUAUCAAAUAUGUUUCAUUAUAUACCCUGCAAAUAUUCUUAGACAAUUUUAAUGGUUAUAUCAAAUAUGUUUCACACAUUAGUAGCUUAAGGACAUAGAAUGAAAGCCGCCAGUACAUUGACAUUUUUAGAGAUAAGAUGACAAUUGUAUAAAUUGCUGAUAAUGUUCCUAUGCAUUAUUUAGGAUGAAAAUUAUUCAAAUUCCUGAUAAUAACCCUCUGCAUUAUUUUAUGCUGCUUAUUUUUAAUUUGCAUUUUUUUCUGUCCUAAAACUUUACUUUUUUCAUAUUUUAAACGUAAUUUAUUCAGAACUUAAAACAUUUAUAUAAGUACAUAUAUAAGAGAACCAAGUUUUUUUUUUACAUGAUUGUAAUUAUAAUUACUUUCUGCACAAGCAUUAUGUUACAAAUACCCGGGAUUGUAUUUGUUGGCAAUCAUGUACUUUAAAUGCAUACAGUAUAACAUACUGUAGGAAAUAGUUAAGUCUUGUGAUUGGGAGAUAAAUGCCGUAAAGAAAAGUCAUCCAUUUCAGGCACAACUUGUUUACACCAGUAAACACGUGAUUUUGAUCCAGAUCCCACAUCCGUUUCAGGCACAACGUGUUUACACCAGUAAGCACAUGAUUUUAAUCCAGAUUCCAAAAGACUGGGUAGUGCAGGCCAGACUUUCUGAGGAGAGGAAAGCUCUGCCAAGACUUGGUAAAAGUGUCAAAAUCCCAAAUAUGCAUGAGGUCAGGGCAAGUUCUUAACCAUCAUAGCUUCUCUGUAGUGCCACAAUAAGGAUGAUGUGGCACAGGCAAGUGUUGGUUCCUACUUAAUAUUACAGACUUUGAUUGAAACUUUAUCUACAAACUGGUGACAUAAUGUACUUUGAAAGUGUGUAGUGCAAAAAGAAAAAUGUUUUGCAUUCACUUUGUACCUUGAAAGUCUCUGAUUUCCAGUAAAGAGGGAUGAAAUUUCACUAGAUGUGAUGAUCAGGUACACAUAGUGAACAUUGUUUUAUGUUUUUGUGGCUUUUCCACUGAAACUGACAUUGUGUUACGUGUUCUUGUUUAUUGGUUCUUUUAGUGAAAGUGGCGUCGAUGAAAUUAAAUGCUAUCUACCUGUUCAUCUGUCUGUAGUCCUUUCUUUUCAUAUUUAAAUACUGCAGUUCAGAAAGUUCCUUUCUUCUGUCUAUGUAAGAAACAACAAACACGCAUGAACAUUUGUAAACAAACACAAAGGCACACCAGGAUGAAGCUCACACACACACCCCGAUGUAUGUAAUAUACAGCAAAACAUUUCAUCAUAAAAGGUUGGACAAUUAAAUAAUAAAUCUGUUAUGUCAACAAAUGUACACAGAACAUAAACAGACAAAAAAAUUUCUUGUAGAGAACAAGCCUUCCACUACCCCUUCUCAAUACUUCUGCACCUUUAUUUGUGCUACCUCUGAGAUCACCCAUCAUUUUGUUAGACAAACUUCCACACCCCUACUUUUCCACGAGCUGAUUCAUUUCACCAAAAAAGCAGGAGUUAUUAAAAUAAAAUGGGCUAUUUAUAUUUUGUGUUUACUCAGUAUAAUUACAUAUAUGAUUAUAUCAGCAAUGGUCAACUGCAUAAAAAACAAAGAACAACCAUAAAAGGAGCAAACAAAAGAAAUCAGUUACACAAACAAUUGAACACAUAAUAAAAAUAGUGCUCUACAAAAUAAAGUAAAAAAACAAAAAAUAAUUUCCCGUCAAUGUUUUAUGAAGGAUGGCAAGCUCCCUGCACUCAUUGUAGGGGGCUGUGCACCACACAUCCAUGCUAUUUUAUAUGUACCAACUCCAAGUUCGCACAACAGUAGUGAAAAGGCAAAUUCUUAAUCCUUGCUGUACUUCAGUCUCAUACAGUAUGUUAUACACCACAGACUUCCAUAAAUAUACAUAGAGGGCAUCACACAUGCCUAGCAACACAUAACAGACUUGUACUCACUUCCACUAAACCCUGAAAAGCAUGCUGCUUCGUAUCAUUUUGGCAAUACAUAAAACAAAAUAAAUGCUGAUAGGUCUGAUACUGAAAGAAUACCACCAAUGCAACUACUGUACUCCUAACAGCAUUCACAAAAAUCAACCCCCUUCACCUGCCCUACAUAAAACCACCUCUACUCUGUUAUACAAAACCAUCAAAACCUCCAGUACACCACCACUAACAAUCUGAUGUUUCCAGCUAUAACACAGACAAGCAUUUGACCUUGAUAACAUUAAACAAAAGUGCACUUGACUAACUGCAUUUGCUCUGUAUCACACCCCUACCAGAUGAUUGAUCAAAAUGGUAUUCUAACUGUGGCACAAGAUGAAUUAAACAUAAAAAAAUAGCAAAUAUCAUUGGAGGGGGGGCUCAAUUAUAUAUACUAACUCCAGGAUUGCACAAUAUCGGGGGAAAAAGCAUAUUUAUUCCCCAGUCUUGAGAAGUGUGCAGUCAUACACACCUGUCCACCAACUUUUGUUGACCAAACAGGUAGCUAAAGAUAAAUAGGUGUGUGUUUCUCACAUAAUACACAUAUACAUGUAGGUACAACAGUCUUGAAAUGCUGUCAUGCAUUAUGACUUGGGAAGGGAAUACCCUUACAGACGUGAUGCACAAUAAUUUUAUCUACAUGGCCUUUCUGGUCAAGCAUCAUUACAUCCAAAAUAGAGGACAGACUAAUAUUAUCUGUUUUGUGGGGCAAUCCAGCAAUGGAGUGAGACUAUAAUUAAGAGUUUUAUGUCCACUGUGGAUAAGUAUUAUAUCUAUUUUAACACCACAGUACUCUACAAGAUUGUCUGAAAGAAACAAAGGCAUAAACUUGCAAAGCUGUACUUCGCUCACAGGAGUGUUCUGCAACUCAGGACGUGUAACUCUGUGUCCCAUACUUCAGGAUACUGUAAUGAUAAGGUCAGAGAUAUGUCGUUAAAGCAUGCCAUUCUAAUUUUUACUUGCUUUCUGGUUUGAAGCAGCAACCAGAUUCCUUUAUAUGGAGAGUCAUUAGCAUUCCGAGAAAGUUUUGAGACCUACACACAGCAAGCAGACAGUGCUUUGUGUGAGUGUUUUCUUACCUCAUGAGUUUCUAGUAGAAAACUACUCCAAGUAUAAACAAUUUUGAAAAUUCUCCCUUUAAAGCAUAUCUUAAGAUAAAAGCAUCUUUGUUUUCCUUUCAAAUAUAUUUAAAUAUGUAGAUUAGCAUUUUUUCUAAAUACUGUGUGUGCUUUGUUGUUGGUGAAAUAUUUUAAAUGCAACUUUAAAGCAUUUAUGAAAAGUAAGCCACUCUCUCUCUAUCUCACACACACACACACACAUACACACAAACACAUACACACACACAGUUUGAUUUUUUUAAUUAGGCUGAUAAUGCUGUUUGCUUUGGCUUUAUUGGCUUUCUAUGAGGGUAUUGUGUUACAGAUUAAUUUUUUGUGUGUCACGAGGGACAUUAUUUUGUCUUGUACAGGUGUAUAUUAAAUCUUUAUGUAAAGUGCCAGUAAAGAGAGAGAGAGAAUAAGUACGUGUGUGUGUGUGUGUGUGUGUGUGUGUGUGUGUGUGUGUGUGUGUGUGUGUGUUUUGACACUGCAGUCCUUUGUGACAGCUAAGUGCAAUUUACUUGAUAACCUGCAUUUAACCUGUUCUUGCCACCCUCAUAGUGCCUGUGAAUAUCUGCUGUGCUCAAUGACAGACUGCAACAAGUAAAGCAAAAUAAACUCAGUAGAUUGUAACUGUUAAUACUUGUCCUUUAAACAUUACCUGUACUACAGUUCUUUUUUUUUUUUUGUAAAUAUAUAUUGCAGUUUAGAUAUUUCAUUUUUUUCUGUGUAUAUAAGAAAUAAGAAAUAAGGAAUGAAUAUGAAGAUUUGUACUGGUAAACACUAAGAUAAAUAUGAAGUUAACAGCUGAAUACACUGCAAAUCUGGUCACUUGCUCAUUAAAUGUGUUGUUCCUGUUGAGUGAAUGUGUUACAAAAUGCAAUCACAUUAACGCCUAUGCCAAAUAACUGUUGUAAUAUGAGUACAUUUUAUGCUUAGUUUCACCACAUAGCUUUAGGGAAUUUUAUCUGGUGCAUUUGUAUUCUAUGAUAUUUGUAAUGCCUUUAGAAUGAAUUUUGUUUUUUCCAUUUGUGCUGCCGUAUGUGUUUUGAUGUUUUAAAAUACUGUCCUAGCCUAAUCAUUUUGUAUAUGUCCUUUAUAUGUAUGUGGUAGCCUUUUGUACAUUUUGAAGCUUGUAUUGUAUUUUUU